AUGGUCAAAAAAGCAGAAACUCUUAAAACACAUUUUAAAACUCGAGAAGGCGUAUACGAAAAAGACUACAAUUACAACCAAGAGGACAGCCAUCAAAAUGCUUCUAUGCUUGUCGCACUUCCGCGGAACAUCGUAACAGUCGAUUCAGUCAGCUAUGUUCCCGACCUUUCGAAACUAUCUCUGAAGGAAGUGCACCCAGAUGAUCCGCAAAGCAUCGUUUUUUGCACAGGAAAGGAAGUCUACCAUUACAACUUUCAUCACGACACGAAUCCGAGACACAAGGACAAGAGAAUUUACAAGGGAUCAGCUCUGCCUAGCACGUUGAGCAUCUGCCCCGCCGAUGCCUCGGAGGAUCAUGUGAAGAUAGCCAUCGGCUUCACGGCGGGUCAAAUUCAAAUCGUGGACAUGGCGACAAGUGACGAGAGUAAGCGAAGUAUCGCCAAGAUCAAUGACGAGCGCAACCACGACAACUCGGUAAUUAACUCGAUCCAAUGGCUCCCCGGCUCGUCAGAAAUCCUAAUCGCCGCUUUUAACUCUGGUGACCUCUUCGCUUUCCACAGAGACUACCCGGAUGCCGUGGCGCCAGUGAAUUGGAGCCACAAGAAGGAUGCUUCAGUCCCAUUCAUCGAAUUUGAUUCUAAAAAUUCGAAAGAGAAAGAAAAUCCGUUGCGAAAAUGGAGCUUCGGAAAAGCUGCCAUUUCUGCGAUUCAAUUUUCGCCCGAUGGAGGAAAAUUAGCAAUCGCGAGUAGAAACGGAAAAUGCUACGUCGUCAAGGUCUCUGUGUCAUACGACUACCAGAUUUCGUUCGAGUACAUCUGCGCCGUUUCCUCAUUCUUUGGCGGCUUCCUCUGCUGCUCGUGGUCCCCAAGCGGUCGAUUUCUUGCCGCAGGAGGAGAGGAUGAUUCGAUAACAGUUCUCAAUGUUGAGACAAGAAAGCCGAUUUGCCGAUGCCAAGGGCAUAGAUCUUGGGUUUCGAGUAUUGCCUGGGAUACUUUUGUAGCUGCUUCUUCUGCUGGAAUUGAUGCAAGAUUAGGAUCUGUUGGACACGAUGGGAUCUUGUGUCUUUGGGAUCUUACGGGCGAUGUUAUGUUUCCAAAAAGAACAAGAUUUUCUCAAUCGACGCAUUCAUGGCAGCAACGGACAUUUUCGGAGACAGAAAGGAACCCUGCGCCGAAGCACGUCAAUUCCAGCGAGCUGCCGAUAAUCGAACCCAUGGUCGAGAAGAAGAUCAGCAACGAGCGUCUCACUUACAUUUUCUUUCACCUGUCCUGCUUCAUCAUCGCCAGCCAAAACGGCUCCGUAAUCAAGUGGAUUCGCCCGCACGGCAAAAUCUUCUUCGCCCCUUUUUCUCAAGAAAAAUCAUUUUGA